UCCAACUCAUGCACCAUACAAGAGUGUAAAAGAAAAUGAGUUCAAACAUUGUUAACAAUAAUGGUUCCUCCUCUCCUCCUCACAUUGUGUUGUUCCCUUUCAUGUCGAAAGGCCACACCAUUUCCAGCCUACACUUAGCUCUUGUCUUCCACCGCCAUGGUGCUAAUGUUACAAUCUUUACCACCCCCGCCAACCGCCCCUUCAUGUCCAAAUUUCUCUCCAAUCCCUCCAUUAACUUGAUUGAUCUUCCUUUUCCCAAAAUUCCUGACGUGCCUCCAGGCGUCGAGAGCACGGAUGAACUUCCUUCCAUGUCUCUGCUCUUCCCCUUUAUGAACUCCACUAAACUAAUGCAAGCCGAUUUUGAGGGAGCACUCAAAACCUUACCAACUGUCACUUUUAUGGUGACUGACAUGUUUCUUGGUUGGACACUUAAUUCGGCUUCUAAGUUUGGUAUCCCCCGCCUAGCUUUUGCUGGUAUAAAUGGAUUCGCGACUAUGAUUAUUGAAUAUCUUAUAUUGAAACGUCCUGAGCUUCUUUUAGAGAAGAGAUUUGAUGAAGGAUUUGAACAUCCAAGUUUUCCAUCAAUGAAGCUCACAAAAAAUCAUUUUGAUCUCCAUCUGUUUUGUUCCAAAAUUAUUGCAGAUGAAAUUAGUGCUACACCUAAAAGCUAUGGUGUUAUAGUUAAUAGCUUUAGUGAACUGGAGCCUAGGCUCUUGGAGGUCUGGAAUAAAGAGUGCAAGCCUAAGAUAUGGUGCAUUGGUCCUCUGAGCAUGGCCAAGCCACCCUCAAGAGAAUUGGUCAACCAAGAAGCGCGGCCAUGGAUGAAGUGGCUAGACACUAAGAAAGGAAGCUCUGUUCUUUAUGUUGCUUUUGGUACUCAGGCUGAGCUUUCCAAGGAACAGAUUGAAGAGAUUAAGAUCGGGCUAGAACGUUCACAAGUUAAUUUUCUGUGGGUACUGAGGAAAUGUGAAAACAUAGAUGAAGGGUUUGAGGAGAGAAUUAAAGGGAGGGGAAUGGUGGUGAAGGAAUGGGCUGAUCAGAGGGAGAUUCUGGGGCAUGAGAGUGUGAAAGGGUUUUUGAGCCACUGUGGAUGGAACUCAGUGACCGAGAGUAUAUGUGCAGAGGUUCCUAUUCUGGCUUGGCCUUUGGGAGCAGAACAACCAUUGAACGCGAUGAUGAUUGUGGAUGAGAUCAAGGUAGGGUUGAUGGUGGAGACUUGUGAUGGUAGUAUGAGAGGUUUUGUCAAGGCAGAAGGUUUGGAGAGGAUGGUGAGGGAGUUGAUGGAGGGAGAGAUGGGGAAGGUUGUUAGGAAGAGAAUGGAGGAAGUGGGAGAGUUGGCGAUGAAGGCUAUGGAAGAGGGUGGUUCUUCUUGGAUUAAUACGAGAGAGCUCAUUCAUCAGACUCGUGUACUCAGUGAUACACACGCGACACUAUGACUGAUGAUGCAUUGCAGAUUUGUUUUCUGUAUGUCAAGAAGUUGUUCCUCAAUUCAGUACUAGUGACUAUUUAUGUUGUAAUUCUUGUUAGGUGAUCUCCUUUCUAUGAAGCAGAUCUUGGCAUCACAAGUUGAAUAAAUCUUUCUAGCUUUUCACAUAACUUUUUAGUAAAUCUUGUCUGGUCUAUUUUAGACCUGGUGUC